GACUUCUAAUUGGUGUCCAAACAUCCAAUGUGGCAGAACCAAAUAGUCAUUUAGAUCAUUAGAUGUGUUGAUGAUACCAUCACCAUGUAUGAUCAAGCGAUCCAAUUCCACAAUUUCCACUAAUUCAUCAGGUCACUGGCUAAAUCCUGGCUUCGCAGUUCGCACCUCUAGCGGAGUGGUGGACUCCACAUCGCUGGGCUGCCAUCCGAACUCUUGCGAGCAUCCUGCACGAGCGGUUAGAGCUACGCAGUUCCCACCAAAAGGAAAGAAAAAAAAAAGACGAGCGAUUAGGCAGUUACUAGUACUUGGUAGAUCUUCCAUCCCGCGAAGGGCAGAGGAGAUCGAUGGGGUCCGUCGUGAGCUCGGCGGCGAACGGCGUUGGCACGCUUGUCGGGAACGUCGUGUCCGCGCCGUUCAAGGUGCUCUUCGGCGCCUCCUGCGAGAGCGUUUGCUCAGGGACAUGGGACCUGCCCUGCUUCAUCGAGCACGUCUGCAUCUCCAGCCUGCUCAGGCUCUUCGUGGUUAUCAUCGUCACCUACAUUGUGCUGCUGUUCGGGUAUGUCCUGUGCAAGCUGGGCAUCGUCAAGUGCGUGGCCAAGAACGCCUUCAAGAUGGUGUGGAAGCCCUGCUCGGCCUGCUGCGGCGCGCUCGGCCUCCUCUGGCAGAAGGUGCGCGACACCAAGCGCGUGCACCGCGGCCGACGCGGCCGGCGGGAGCGGGACGUCGAGCUGGGGCAGCCCAGCAGCAGCACGACCCGCGACGGCACAGGCUCAUCCUCCUCAUCAUCCUCCUCCGACGACGACUACGACGGUGACCACCGCCGGGGCGCCGCGGCGGGCAGCAGGUCGACGAGGAGAUCGUUGCCGUCGUCGUCGUUGUCAGUGCGGGAGAGAAAGAAGGACAGGAUCCGGCAGUCCCUGCGCCUGAAGAGGGUAAGCUCCAAGGUAGAGCGCGCUGCGAGGGUAAGCCAGGGGAUCAGUGGACGGCAACACCGCCACUCGACCUCGACCGGGCCGAAGAGAACGGAGGUGCCGCCGUCCUUGUCAUCACGGCGCGAGCUGGGCAUGGCUCGCCGGCGCGUGGGCACAAGCAUGCGCACUGCCGCACAUUAAAGUCGAGCCAUGGCGAUUCGACGCGACAAUACGUGAUGCCCCAUCAAUGACUUAUGGAUCCCAUUCCACAGAUCGAUCUCGAUCGUCCAUGCUCUGGUGGUAGAUACAGUACUUUGGUUAAUUGCUUAUAGGUUGGUAAAUACUGUAUCAGAACUUCGUGGUGAAAAAGUUCAUUGCACAUGGUAUGGUAGUUAGAUAAAAGAGUUGUUGAUUAACCUAAUUACAGACGCUGGUCCAAACGUUAGUACUGUGCCGUUGUAAAAGAUGGUUAACUUAGUGUGUUGUCUAAUAG